AUUGGAAGUCCGGUCGUGGUUGUUGGCUGUGUCUACACAUGCUCCAGUGAUGGGAUGCAAAUCAAAUCAGGUUGCCACAAAAAAAUCUCUUCGGACCAAUCAGACCACAAGCAAGCAAGAAAGGAAGAAAAAUGAAAUAUGAAUUGGCGCGUUACUUCGUCGCAGCACUGACUCUUCUUGAGGUAUCCUUUGCAGCAAGUAACUUCACUCAAUCUCAUCUCAGGACAAGACGAGCUGUGGUUGGCGGUACCGCGGUUGCUCAAGGAGAAUUUCCUUUCUUCGUGGCCGUUGGUAGAUGUGGUGGAACCUUGAUUUCACAAAACAGAGUUCUCACAGCAGCCCAUUGUAUAUGCGAUCCCGAUCGUCCAAGGAGCUCGGUUAGAAUUGGGCCGACAACUCAGACGGACGGCAAAGAGGUCCCCGUGAGCUGCGCCAGGAUCCACCCUGACUAUGGUAAGGUUGGAUGCGACCCAAAUAAGGCAUAUGACAUCGCCGUGCUACAGUUGGCAGAGAGUGUCACAGAUGUCACAUUCGCCACCCUCAAUACAGACACAAGUAUUCCGGCAGGUAGUUCAGAUGUCACAGUCCUUGGCUUUGGACAGACUACGCCUGGCUGUUACACUACCCAAGUAUCCGAAACGCUUAACAAGUUGGUCUACAGCUCAGUGAGUAAAGACGAUUGUAAAUCUAUAAAAGGGGACGAUUUCCGUGAGGAUUUGCGACUUUGCGCAGCAAACACCGAAAGCACAGGUGUAUGCUUUCAUGAUUCAGGAGGUCCAAUGUUGGAUUCGUCGGGCACCGUCCAGUAUGGCAUCGCUGUUGCUGGGCCGGAAAGUACAAUGUGUGCAACGGGAGGAGAUCCAGACCUUUACACAGACGUGGCUGCACACAAUGCAUGGAUCACCGAGCAAUUGAAUGACAACACUUGCGACCAAAGCUUUCAUGGAGGCUUUCGAGAAUGGGUGGGUGAAAUCUCCUCUGGAGCUCUGUCGUUCCUAAACGAUUGGGUUUGAGGCUGGAUAGGCUGGAUGCAAGGACAAUUCAAGGUGUUGUAUUGGUAUUGUGCUUUGGCUUGUUGUACCUGCAUAAUGCUUUCCACAAAACCAAUGACGGUAGCUCGGUUGACCCCCCUCUUGACUUGAUUGUUUUCCUCAAGCCCCCCUCCUAAAGUUUGUAAUAAUAUUAUUAUUUCCUUGGAGGAGAAAUUCAAAAUAUUCAUUUUAGUUUUUAGA